AUGUCGGCUGCCGUGGCGUGCCUGGACUACUUCGCCGCCGAGUGCUUGGUGUCCAUGUCCGCGGGUGCCGUGGUUCACCGCCGCCUGCCGGACCCCGAGGGCGCGGGCGGAGCGGCAAGCUCGGAGGUGGGUGCGGCGCCGCCGGAGUCCGCUCUGCCGGGUCCGGGGCCACCGGGGCCCGUGUCGGUCCCCCCGUUCCCCCAGGUCCCCGCCCCCAGCCCCGGCGCGGGCGGCGCCGCGCCCCACCUGCUGGCUGCAAGCGUCUUGGCUGACUUGCGCGGCGGCUCUGGGGGGUGCUUUGGAGAGUACUCGGGGGAAGCUCUGCGCGCCUCGUCCGGUUCCUCCGACCCGACCCCGUGCUCCGGCCCGACCCUGUGCUCCAAGCUGAUCCCGGCCACCAGCGCGGCCGAGGUUUCCGGACCCGAGCACUCCUCCCGCGCGCUCGCGGUCCCUGGCGCGCCAGCCAUCCCGGGAGUGCCUGCCCACCCUGGCGCGGUCUCCGGCGUGGCCCCUGGGGCGGGCCCGGCCCCCGCCACGGGUCCAGGCCCCCGUCGGAGGCCAGUCACACCUGCUGCCAAGCGCCACCGCUGCCCCUUCCCGGGCUGCAACAAAGCUUAUUACAAGUCAUCACAUCUGAAGUCCCACCAGCGCACCCACACGGGUGAGCGCCCUUUCUCCUGCGACUGGCUCGACUGCGACAAGAAGUUCACGCGCUCCGACGAGCUGGCCCGCCACUACAGGACGCACACGGGCGAGAAGCGCUUCUCCUGCCCCCUCUGCCCCAAGCAGUUCUCCCGGAGCGACCACCUGACCAAGCACGCCCGCCGCCACCCAGCCUAUCAUCCCGACAUGAUCGAGUACCGGGGGCGCCGUCGCACUCCCCGCGUCGACUCGCAACCCGCCAACCUGGUGGACAGCUCCGGCUCCGUCCCCGGGCAGGUGCUCAGCUUUACCACCUGCUUGUCUGACAGUCAUUGCUGUUAG